UGUUAGUCCAGCUGAGCGUCGUGUAUAACGGGCCAAGCCGGACUUGGUAUCAUUCGAACACCAAGGAGAGUCUACUGUUGUUUGCGUUUUUUUAUUUUUUUUUUUCCACAAUAUAUUUGCACAGAGAGGCUGCACAAAAAGCGGAGCUUGGCUAGCUUGUCAUAAUUAAAAAGGGUGUUGCUUGAUCAAUUUGUAAAUCAAAUCUUAUGGUUUACACCCUUAACUUGGGCGGACAGCAUCGGCUGUGCAUCAAUGGAGAUACUUUCAAAUAGACCCGCAGCAGAAUCCUAUCGGUAUAAGGCAUCGCGUUCUUCUCCAGCACCUAGCAGGAUGGUGUCCGACACUUUCUCCCUGUCGUCUUAUAAAACCUAUCCUGAUAAUCGAUGUUCCGUCAACACUCCUGCACGUCACACGCCCCAAACAUUCACUCGGCAUUCACAUCGUCCAGCAUCACCCAGCAAAGCUUUUCCAGAGAGCAGCAGUGCAGCGAUCUUAUCUGCCUUGAGGAACCUCCAAGAGAAGAUUAGGAGGCUGGAGCUUGAGAAAGACCGAGCAGAGUUGAGUCUUUGCACUUUAUUGAAGGACGGACGUCUGCAAAGUGACAGCCCUGCACAAAGACUCCUUACUGAUGAGGACAUCGACAGAAAAACAAGUGAGCAGUCAAACCAUGACCAAGUGCUGAUCACCCACCUUGCUGCUGCAGAGAAUCGCUGUGAGAAGCUGGAAGGACAGCUGGAGGAGAUGAAGAGGAUGUUGCCCAGGACAGAAAGCACCGGCUCACCCAAUCAGGAAGUGAACUCGGUGGCUUUAACAGAGAGACCUGGUAUGAGUAGUCAGCAGCCUGAUGGACUGAGUGAGCAUGCUCAGUUGGAAAAGCUGGAAAAACUUGAGCAGGAAUAUCUCAGGCUGACUCGCACACAGGAAAAUGCAGCGAUGAAGAUCGGCGCGUUGGAAAGAAGGAUACAAGAAGAGGAGCACUAUAGAAGGCUCAUUCAGGAUAAAGCCAAUCACCUGCAGACAAGUAUGGAAGCCAACAGAAUUUUGCUGCAGUCCGUUUCUCCACGUUUAUCCUUCAAAGAGAAGAAAUCCAGCUCAAAGCAACCUUCUCCAAAACACACAGAGCCUCACUACAGACUGAGCCUGAGAGACAUACCAUUUGUCACUGGAACGUCGGUCGCCUGCAGCCACUCGGUCAGAGCCAACGUUCAGGCAGUCUUGUCCCUCCUGAAGCGGCACCAGCCUCAGCUCUGCAACAAACGCGUCCUGUCUCGCAACGCAGACCACUCCGAGACGAGCAGCCAGUCAGGCACUUCCUCCUCCUCCUCCUCCUCGUCCACUUGCGGAGACGAACUGUCGGAGCUGCUGCAAGCCCUGCAGGAGGAGCUGUACCUCAUGAGUUUGGAGCACAGUGAGUUGAUGAAGCAAAUGGAAGAGAGCGCCUCUGAAAAGGAAAAGGGAGCGCUUCAGAGGGAGCAGGACAGGCUGCUGCUGAGGAUGGAGAGUAAAGAAGAACAGAUCAGUAAGCUCUGCAAGCAUAAAUCACAGAUAAAGAAGUUAAGAACGAAGGUGAAGUCUGAGAAGAACAGUCGAGCUGAAGAAAGACUCGCCACCAGAGGACGCUCUGAAGCACCAACUAAAGCUCAACUAGCUGAGAGAAGCAAGAGGAACCUGAUGCUUCUGAGGGAUAUGAGAGCUCUGCAGAACUCUUUACAGACCUGAAACUCACUACAAUAUAUUCAUAGCAUAAUCUGUUUA